AUGGGCCAUCCACUGGGGCGAAGAAGAAUAUCGAUCAUAGUAUGGGUUCGUGACAAUGCCAUGCUAUCUGAUGAUGCUUCUUCGUACUUGAAGUCACUAGGAUUUGCCGGCAUCCACAGAACUAGCCCCGUUCCACCGACUCCAGAUGAUUUACAACGCUUGCUUGCUCAUUUUGAUUCUCUAUGCAAAAAAGAAUCAGAAAAUGUCUUGCCUGCCGCUGAAUAUGCCAAUGGUGCUAGCCCGACGGAGCACGAGGGCAAAGAGGCAGAUCAUGUUAGAGUGACGGAAACCGAUGCAAUAACUGGCCACUCUACAUCCCAACCCCUACUUUUCCUCCUAUCAGCCUUCGAUGAAAUUGGAGUUUCCAGAAAUGCCGGGGUUUUAUCGGCGCAUUUAAAAUCCUUACCACCAAUGAAAAAGCCUGGGAGCACCCAGUAUAUGAUAGACUUAGCACACACGCUUUGCAAGCGAUCGCGGUUCCCAUGGCGAGCAUUUUGCACGGCAUCAUCAUUAGACGAAUUGUUGCAUAACCUUGAGUUCAAGUUAUCGAAACCCGUUCGAAGUAAUAAACGGCCUGCUCUUGGCUUCGUUUUUACCGGACAAGGUGCCCAAUGGUAUGCCAUGGGCCGCGAGCUUCUGGCCUACCCGCGUUUCAGAAAGAGCAUUGAGGCAGCAGAUGACUACAUAAAGAGUUUAGGAAGUACAUGGUCGUUGUGUGAUGAACUACAACAAGAUCAGCACAAUUCAAAGGUCCAUGAACCUGCCAUCGCGCAUAUUGCGUGUACUGCCCUGCAGGUGGCUAUUGUGGAUCUAUUAGCCAGCUGGACUAUCUUUCCCAGCAGGGUUGUGGGACAUUCGUCUGGGGAAAUAGCUGCAGCGUACUCUGCUGGUAAAAUCGGCCGUAAAUCAGCUUGGAAAAUUGCAUAUUUUCGGGGGGUUGUGUCGUCUCUUCAACAUCACACCAAGGGCAGCAUGCUUGCUGUUGGUAUAUCAGAGCCCGAUAUUGCUCCUUAUUUGGCGCGAGUUCAUGAGGAUCUCCAAGGGGAGCUGAUCAUUGCUUGCUAUAAUAGCCCAACGAACCUUACGAUAUCAGGAGAUGAAGCAAAGAUUAACGCACUAAAAGUACUACUUGAUGCUGAUUCAGUGUUCUCCCGAAAAUUGGCGGUUUCAAAUGCUUAUCAUUCCAGCCAUAUGAAAGCUGUGGUCAACGAAUAUUCUAUGCUUUUGGAAGAUCUCAUAUCCACAGAUAAACUUGAACCCCCCCAGGAUACCCAUAUGUUUUCCUCUGUCACCGGCGCGCUAAUAGAACUGAACGACCUUGAACUAGCCGAGUACUGGGCUACGAACUUGAUAUCACCAGUAAGGUUCGUGAACAGCCUUUGUGCAAUGUGCUUCGAAAACAUAUCAAAAGGCCAGAAAUCUGUGCACAUGGACGGGACCGCUGAGAAUGUGUUCGUGAACGAUAUCGUGGAAAUUGGGCCACACGGUGCCCUUCGGAGUGCAAUCAAGCAGAUUUUACAGACACAAAAUACGCCUUCAAUCGGUUAUCUACAACUGCUGGACCGCAGCAAUCCGGGACUAGGAACUAUCCUCUCAGCAGUGGGUUCAUUAACUAGCAAAGGCUACACCUUUGAUGUAUCCGAUGCCAUCAACGCACCAAAUCCGGGCCAGCAACAAAUGCUAGUCAAUCUUCCGCCUUACAGUUUCGAUCACUCGACCAGAGUAUGGUAUGAGAGCAGAGUCACCAGAAAUCUUUGCUUGAGAAAGCAUCCAAGACAUGAUUUGUUCGGCACUCCAGUGGCUGAUUGGAAUGCCGAAGAACCACGCUGGCGAUAUUUCAUCCGGCUUUCAGAGAAUCCGUGGCUACGAGAACAUGCUGUUACUGGAAGCUAUAUAUACCCUGGCGUUGGAUAUGUAGUCAUGGCGAUCGAAGCAGCGAAACAAAUUUGGGAUCCAACUAUCACUAUUUCUGGUUAUCGUCUCCGUGACGUGUCGAUUACGACAGCACUCAACGUCCCAGAUACGAAACAGGGAGUUGAGGUGAUGAUAUCGAUGUCGCGCAUGGAUGAGUCAAGCCGAGAGAAAUCGAAAAUAUGGUGGAACUUUCGCAUCGCGUCGUUUAACCCUACUGGAGACGAGUGGAUUGAACAUUGUACGGGAUAUAUAACUAUCGAAGCUCCUGCGAAGCUGAAUCCAAUUGAUAAUGGUCAGGAAGCUGAAAAAGAGUCCGUCGCGUGGCAAAAAAUGCUCAAAACGGCAUUCAACACCUGCGUGUCCCCGUUGGAUAUGACUGAGAUGUAUGAUAAAUUGAGCAAUAUUGGACUAACACUCGGCCAGCUGUUUCAAAAUCUGUCCGAAGUUAAGCUCGCACAAGGCUCAGGAGAAGCGACAGGAACGAUCACUAUUCCAGAUGUCGCUAGCUCCAUGCCAAAAAAGUUUCUAUAUCCGCAUGUUAUUCACCCAUGCACGAUCGACAGCAUGCUACAUUUGUUCCUUGCAUCCGUCAUUGAUAGCUCCGGGCAAAACACGCUUUCAACGCUGAUGCUACCUACCUUCAUGAAGGAAGUGUGGAUUUCCUCAGAUAUUACCAGCAAUGCUCGGACCGCUCUUACCGUGCUUCACCAAAGAGAGAAGGUGCAGAACCUCCAAUUCGCCAGUAUGCUUAUGAUUACGGGCGCCUUGCGCGAACUUGAGGGCAUAUCCGUGGAUAUGUAUAAAGGAUACUUGCAAAAUUACUACCACUGGCUUCUGGAACAAGUCACGGCUCUCCAUUCAGACUCCAUGCCUCACCUACCUCUUGAUAAAUGGAUCAAGUACAAAGACGAUCUCCAGUUCAGAGAAAACCUUCUUCGUAAAUUGACAGAAAUGGGUCCAGAUGGAGAGUUCUGCGUCCGUUGCGGAUCCAAUAUCGUUCAAGUGCUAAAAAAAGAAGUUGAUCCCCUUUAUCUCUUCUUUGGGAUGGAUGAUCUUAUAGAGAAAAUCUAUGCAGGAAUGGUAGAGUCUGGAGAUCUCCGCCAUCUGAUAAAGGCGUAUGUUGACGUUAUUGGUCAUAACCGAACUGACCUCAACAUUUUGGAAAUCGGCGCCGGAACUGGAAGCUCGACAGCGACAUUCUUGGAGACUCUCAGCCCCCUCCCCGAUCCGGGGCGAAAACCCGCUGGGUCAAAGAUCGAAAAAUAUACGUUCACAGAUAUCUCUGCUGGAUUUUUCGAAAGAGCCAAAGAACGCUUCCAGAAUUGGCGGAGUAUUCUUGAUUUUCAUACCCUGGAUAUUGGCAGACACCCGAAGGAACAGGGCUUCAGUGGCUCUCAGUACGAUAUCAUUGUUGCUGGAAAUGUCUUACAUGCUACACCAAACAUUAGGGAGACCCUAAGGAAUGUCCGAUAUCUUUUGAAGCCCGGAGGUAAGUUGAUAAUGUGCGAGGGUAUCAGGCUCGACUUUGUUUUUACGGGGCUGGCGUUUGGUCAACUAGAAGGCUGGUGGCUUGGUGUGGAAGACGGUCGAAAAUGGAGCCCUUGGCUUAAUGAAAAAGAAUGGAAUGGAGUACUUCAAGAAACUGGAUUUGCUGGUGUCGAGAUUGCUUUCAAUGACCGAUCCGAGCCUGAUUUACAUUUCAUGAGCGUCUUGGUUUCCUCCGCUAUAGAUAACGAAGAUAUCAGAAGGCCGCAGUCCUGCGGAAACACUGAUUAUUACAUCCGGCGAGUCUCCGUACGAUUUCCCUCCGUACUGUCAAAUCCCACUGAAGAGGAAUUCGAUAACAUAAGGCAUCUUCUAGCCACUUGCAAAGGCUCGUUAUGGGUUACCGGAGACAUAACAGCAAGUCCAGAGUUUAAUAUGAUCGCGGGGCUCAUACGUUCCUUGCGCUGGGAGCGGGACCUGGAGAGCCCUAACUUGGUUACGCUCUCUAUCUCUAAUCCACAGCCAGCCCGAAAAGUACUAUUGCAGGCUAUUUUAGACGUCUUCAAACACCAAUUUGUUACGCAGAGGGAAGACAAGGAUAACGCGGAAUAUCUCCUAAAGGACGGUGUUAUCUUGACUAACCGGCUUGUCGAUGCGCCAGAAAUGAAUGACUACUUGACUGCAAAAGUCUCUAAACUUGCUGCGCAAAUGAUACCACUUGGGGAAGCCGAAGUCGGCCGACCUUUAAGACUUACAACAGCAGCUCCCGGGAUGCUGAACGCACUUCAAUUCGAGACUGAUCCCAACUGGUAUGAGCCUCUCGGUGAGUUCGACGUUGAAGUCAAAAUCAAAGCUGUGGGCCUCAACUUUCGUGAUGUAAUGAUAGCCAUGGGCGAGCAGAACUCCGUUACCUUUGGGAGUGAAGGUGCCGGGGUUGUGACCCGUGUUGGUGCCGCUGUAACGAAAGUGAAAAUUGGCGAUAGAGUCGUCUUCGUCGAUGGCGCAGGCAAAACUGGUACUUUCCAGACGUACGGGCGAGUAGCUGAGGACCUAGCUACUAUGAUACCAAAGGAUUUGGAGUUCGAAGUUGCUGCGGCUUUGCCUUCCGUCUUUAUGACCGCAAUAUACAGCCUGUAUACACUAGCCGGGCUAACUAAAGGUGAGACUGUGUUAAUUCACAGCGCAGCAGGCGGAGUGGGACAGGCGGCUAUCAUGUUAGCAAAUCUUGUCGGUGCUGAAGUCUUUGCAACGGUUUCAACCCCCGAAAAAGCUGAGCUACUCAUGAGAGAGUAUGGAGUCAAACAAGAUCACAUCUUCUCUAGCAGAGAUUGGGUGUUCGCCAAAAGCAUCAUGCGGAUUACGAACGGUAGUGGCGUCGAUGUUGUAUUAAACUCCCUCUCUGGGGAAUUCCUCCGUCGAACAUGGGACUGCAUCGCGCCGUUCGGGAGGUUCAUUGAAAUCGGGAAGAAAGAUGCGCAAAGUGAUGGGAGAAUUACGAUGAGACCUUUCCUACAAAACGUUAUGAUAGCAAGCGUCGACCUUUUGACGAUGAUGCGGCACCGUCCAAAACAAGUGGUCAGCCUUAUAAAAGAGACUAUUCGCCUAUAUACGGAAGGGAAGAUUAAAGCACCAUCACCCAUCAAAGUCUUCGACUACUCUCAGUUGGAGAAGUCUUUCCGCUCACUACAAUCCGGUAAAGGCAUGGGCAAAUUUGUGAUUGUUGCAACCGAAGAUGCAGUCGUGCCCGUGGUACCACCACCGCUAGCCCCAGUGAGGUUACGUGAACAUGCAUCCUAUGUCCUUUCAGGAGGUCUAGGUGGCGUUGGGCGUAGUGUCGCUUUAUGGAUGGCUUCCAAGGGCGCGAAGUCUUUGAUCUUCCUCUCACGUUCAGGUUCAGCUAGCCCUGCUGCACAAGAGGUCAUUCGCGAAUUGCAUAGUCGAGGAGCCACAGCUCAUAUAUUUUCAUGCGAUGUGUCUGACAAGGCAGGUUUGGAAGCUGUUCUAAAUCAAUGCAAAGCCGAACUUCCGCCUAUAAAGGGUUGCAUUCAGGGAGCAAUGGUACUCGCGGACAAAAUGUUUGAAAAUAUGACUCACGAUGAGUUUCAAAUGGCCAGAAAACCAAAGGUUCAAGGAUCUUGGAAUCUCCACGUAUGUCUUCCCAAAGAUAUGGACUUUUUCAUCAUGCUUUCAUCCGCAGCUGGUCUGGUGGGCAAUCGUGGACAGGCCAACUACACGGCCGGGAAUACGUACCAGGAUGCGCUCGCUGCCCAUCGAGUCGCUCUUGGUCUACCAGCCGUAUCGCUUGAUUUGGGUGCCCUACUUUCCAUAGGCUAUAUAGCCGAAAAUCGCCAACGGCUUGGUAAAGUACAGUAUAUUGCCUCUUUGAUGGGUACCACACGGGAGGAAGAGAUCCAUGGUAUGAUCGAAUACUACAUUACUCCGAAAGGGUCUUCCACGAGGCCUGCGCAGGUCGCCUCAACGUUGACAACUGCGGCGCAAUACGCAGCUCGUGGCAUGCCUGUGCCUUCAUGGAUGCAUUCGCCCCUAUUUACCCAGCUGUCCUCGACCAGCUCCGCCGCUACCGACACGAUGGGAAACGACAAGACGGAUUCAGGAAUCAACGUUACUUCGAAACUGGCAAGUGUAACCUCCAUUUCCGAGGCGAGUGACAUUAUUGCGGAUGCAAUACGGUCCAAGCUGUCCAAACUCUUAAGUAUUCCCGUGGAGAAUAUUGAUACCGCGAAAAGCGUUAGCAGCAAUGGUAUCGACAGCCUAGUGGCCAUGGAAUUUCGCACGUGGCUUGCCAAAAUUCUCGGUGCAGAUGUACCUCUGUUGGACAUCUUGGGCACAAUGCCUGUUGCGGGAGCGGGAAGUCUAAGUACGAAGGUGGCAAUGGCGAGCAAAUUGGUGCCAGAGACAUUGAAGACGGAAGAGGUCAAGGCAUCGUAG